AUGGAGGUGAAACGUAGAAACGCCCCUCGCCAAAAACUCCCCGAUUUUUCGUUCGGCUUCGCCCCGCGGGAAUCCUCGUCGCCCCAAACCCCCAAAAAACCCGCCGAUUCUGGCAAUUCCAAAAAUCCCCCCGAUUUUCGAGAGGGUUCUGAAACGCCCUCGAAACCGCGGGAAUCAGCCCCGCGGGAAUCGCGUUCUCCGUUUUCGAUUCCCCGUCCGCGUUCAUUCAAGCGUUCCGACACACAUCCCGACAUGCAUCCCGACAUGCAUCCCGACACACAUCCCGACACACAUUCCGACAUACACGCAGACCUGCACUCGAACCUGCACCAAAACUCGCGUUCCGACAUGUCCCACAACAUGCGUGCCAACGCCCAUCCCGACACACAUCCCGACGCACACUCCCGCUCCUGGCUUCCUCGGUCGCGUCUCGGGCAAUCCCCUUCUUCUUCUUCGUCCUCGUCGGCGUCGGCGUCGGCGUACCGCAAUCCCUUCUACUGCUACUUCGAGCGGCAGCGGUCGUUCCGCACGCGCAGCGCGGCACUGGACCUGUACGCGGUGCUGGGCGUGGAUCGAGCGGCCUCCGAGAGGGACAUUCGACAGGCGUACAAGCGACUGGCGCUGCGAUUGCAUCCGGAUAAGAGCAGGGAGGAGGACGCAGAGGAACGGUUUGUGGCGGUGAAAUUGGCGUAUGAGACGCUGAGCGAUCCGGAGAGAAGGAGGAAGUAUGACUUGAGUUUCGCUUUUUGA